AUGAGCCAUCCCAAGCACCCCGCGGUUGUCCACUUCCCCAUCACCUUCACGGCACUGGCAGGCGCCCUUGACGCCGUAUACUACGCCUCACUCCAGCCUGCGACCUCAUCCAUUGUCGCCUCUGCAUUCAAAUCCCUCUCCAUCGCCAUCCCCCCGAGCACCUUCCCCAUCCUCUCAUACUACGCCACCAUCCUCACGAUCCUGACCUCCCUCCCCGCGAUAUCCACCGGCGCAUGGGAGCUGAUGCCCGUGCUGAAGCGCGACGGCCUGUCGUCCAAGAAAGCCCAGGUCGGCAUACUUCACGCGGUCAUCAACGACAUCACGGUGUUUGGCGCCGUGUUCAAUUGGUGGAGUAGGAGGAACCAGGCCGAGUUUUUGCCUAGCGGCAUGAAUGUGUUUGUUAGCACUGUGUUGGCGGUGCCGGCGACGUUCUUUGCUGCGUAUCUGGGUGGUCAUUUGGUCUAUGUGUAUGGUAUGGGCAUUGGGCGGGGCAGCGCGAAGAAGUCGCAGUGA